GGACAACGGAGACCUGUGCGAUUGUCCUGCGUCAUUUGGAAAACUUGCCGCACUUCACCCCCAAUCCUCUAAAUACCGGCCUCAUGGAGACCUCUUCCCGCUGUUUAGAGACUUCGGCUACUACGAUUAUACCGACAACCAUCGGCAACAACGCAAAUAUACACAGACACCACUACCAUUAUUUGGUUUCGAGCUCAGAUGGACCCAUGGUACCCAAGAGACCCAAGGCCACGACUAUGCGCAUGCGAGAUACACGUCCUUCUAAUCAAUGCAUUGGAAGCUUUGAGUUGUACUAACUAUUGUGCACAGCAAGAUGUUCAUCGGCGGCUUGAAUUGGGAGACGACCGAGCGUAAGUCAUAUAAA